UUCGCGAGCGGGGAGUCUCCAAGAUGGCCGCGUGGGGAAGGAGGCGUCUUGGCCCGGGCGGCGGCGGCGGCGCCCGAGAGAGGGCGAGCCUGUCAGCCACAGACUGUUACAUUGUGCAUGAGAUCUACAACGGGGAGAAUGCCCAAGACCAGUUUGAGUACGAGCUGGAGCAGGCCCUGGAAGCCCAGUACAAGUACAUCGUGAUCGAGCCCACCCGCAUCGGUGACGAGACAGCCCGCUGGAUCACCGUGGGCAACUGCCUGCACAAAACCGCCGUGCUGGCGGGCACCGCCUGCCUCUUCACCCCGCUGGCGCUGCCCCUGGAUUACUCCCACUAUGUCUCCCUGCCCGCGGGCGUGCUGAGCCUGGCCUGCUGCACCCUCUACGGCAUCUCCUGGCAGUUCGACCCCUGCUGCAAGUACCAGGUGGAGUACGACGCCUACAAACUGUCCCGACUGCCCCUGCACACACUCACCUCCUCCACCCCGGUGGUGCUGGUCCGGAAGGACGACUUGCACAGAAAGAGACUGCACAACACGAUAGCACUGGCGGCUCUGGUGUACUGUGUAAAGAAGAUUUACGAGCUCUGCGCCGUAUGAUCGGGGCAGAGUAGGGGGAGCAGGCAGCCCGGCCCGCGAGGUGGCAGAACGGAGCCCGGGAAGGCAUCUGGCUGCACGUUUGUUAUUUUAAAGAAAUAACACAUCACAAGUGUACCAGGGGUUUUUUCAGCUCAUCACACUAAGAUGUGGAUUCCCGUAACCCACGGGGGCCUGAGGCUGUGGAAGGCCGACCAGGCAGCUGGAUGUGAUGGAAGCAACGCUACUGAGGGGAUGUGAACGCGCUUGGGGGGUUGUUAAGUAUGUUGUUUAACUGUACCAUCCAGAGCCAACCAGAAGCUAUUGACCAUUAAAAUUAUGAGAAUUUCAA